AGCAACAUGGCAACGAGGUGAUAGGAGUCGGCGCGCGGCCUCGCAACACGACAGAUCGGGCACGAACAUUCUGCGCGUCGCAUCGUCGGGGGAACCGAAAUGCGAUCGGUCCAAACUUUAGUCCAACCAUCGGCAACGCUAUGGCUUGCGUCUCGGAGCUCGGACUGUGGGCGGGAUUACUUCUGCUUAUUGGCUUUUCAACUUGGACGGACGCUCUUGUGAAGACCAAUGGAAGCGAGGCAGCCCAGCUGGCGGCGGCGGCCGCCGCGCAGUCGGCUGCGCAGCAGAGGGGCUCCCUGGUGGUGGGACUGAGCCGCGCCAGCGAGAGCUACGCCGAGAUCGCCUGGCGCCUCGAGCAGCCCAGCUCCAAGGACCGCGGGCGCGGCGAAGAGGACGAAGACCCGACGUCCCGACUCUCGGCGUGCGAGCUGGCGUACGGCCCUCUCGAGGACCCGUACCAGGUGGAAGUGAUGUCCAACUUCAUGCCCCGCGGCCCCACCUUCAUCGUGGGCGGACUGCGGCACAACACCACGUACCACUUCCACAUGGUCUGCUACUGCUGCCUCGCCGACCCGGCGGCGGCGCCAGACUCCAGCGGGAACUCCACGGCGAGCCCCGAGACCAAGCUCACCUCGAACGUGCUCAGGUUCACCACAGGUGUUUACGUCGGAGGCGCCGGCGACCAGCAGUCCCCGCACCAGCGGUCCUCGUGGCCCACCCAGCAGCAGUCGCGUGGCGGCAGCAGCGAGGAGUGGCGCCAGCGAGACCCGUACCAGGGCUCCUACCACUCGGUGUACAAGCAGACCAUACUGCGCGACGAAGAGAGCAGCAGCCGCGCCGUGCCUUCCUUCAACGUGCUCCUGGGCGCGCUCACCGGCAUCGUCGGAUUCCUCAUCAUCAACGUCACCGUCGUGAUCGCCGUACGCCGUUGCUCGCACCGGCGCAUGCGCAGGCGGAGGAUCCUCGUUCUCGAGGAUCGAGACAAUGAAGACUUCCCGUACCUCCGCCCGCUGGAAUGAGGCGCGCGUGGCGUGACGUGACGUCACCGGAAGCGCCUUUCUGGUCUUCGAACCGCGACGGUCGUCUUCGCCGAGCGACCCUCGCCUGGCAGCCUUCGACAAACAAGCAUCUAUAUCGGCGUCUGAACACAUCGCAGAGGCAUAUCACAACUCGUUAUCUCUCCAUGUUAGACUUCUUCACGAUAAGCGCUAUGCACCGCCCGUUCGUUUUCGGCUGUGUACGAUCCCACGUGACCGUUGUCGACCUUCUUUUGACUCGUAGAGAGUCGUUAACGGACAGUUCACUUGAGAUACCGCGCGCCGCCCUCAGUGCUGAACGCGUUGAGUUCCCGGGACCAGUGGCUAGCAACAAGGAUGUCCGGCUGCUGAGCGCGAGGUCGUGAGCUCGAUCCCCGGCCGCGGCGGCCGCGUUUCAUUGUAGGAGGAAGGAAAAGAAAGGUUCCGUGAAAUUUUGCGUUCAGGAACGACAGGGGUCAAAAUUAAUCUGGAACUUACCACGGCUCGGUUUCUAUAGGGUUCACCCGCGCUGUAGAGUUUCUACCGGUCGGUAUGACGUAUUGCCACUUACGGAAUGACGUAUUGCCACUUACGAAAUGACGUAAUACUGCAAAACGCAGAGAUAAGCCACAGCGCAGGUAACGCCAUCUUGUGGCCUUGAAUUGAGCCAGAGCACUCAUUACUAUUACUGCUACUUAACUACUUUUGCUUAGGGAUUGGAUUAAGGACGUCAUUAUCGACGAUAAUUAACGUGUUCGUCCUUUUUUUCUUUCGGUGAGAACACCCAUGCAAUAUGAAAACGUUCCUAACGCGUUGUAAUUUAACAAAACGUCACAAGGUGUUGCCACCAACACUGUUCCUGUCGCCCUCUUCUCCGGUGUUCUGGCAUUUUGUAAACGUUAGUGGUUUAUGGACAGGCCGGAACUCUUAUUGAACCUGGUAGCGGGAAUGUUUAGCAAUGCUGCAUUUCGAUUUGUUUUGUCGGUGUCACGGUAUCGCAGCCAUCGACGCCAUGUCGUCUGCCUGUACAACUCACACGGGCGGCGCAUAUAUUGAGUACAAAAAAACUUGGUUUUGCGCAAUUGUUUAUCGCUCGGCUAACGCCAAUAUGGCGCGUCGAGUUCAACUAUUUGCCGUUUCCGUUGUUUCGAGUUGUGACUGUUCGUAGUUGCUGGGAGUUGUGGAUGAAAUUUCUAUUGCAAUACAGUUUGACGCGAGUUGGAACACUUUGGGUAUGAAUUAUGGCUGUUAAGUUGAAGGAGCAAAUGCACUGCAUAAUGGACGCUGUUUCGUCCAUUGCGCAAUCGACGAGACAGUUGGGCGUCCGCCAUUUUGAUGCGAGAAGCAGUAGUGCACCAAGAUGUUGUUACAGACGUUGCAGAGCGACGGGUGGUGGAGAUUAAGUCGCAAUCCUCGAGUGGUGGUGCCGAUUAUCGCAUGAUUGUUGUUUUCGUGCCUGUAAGAUAACAACGAAGGGCUUUUAGAAAGGCGGGUAUCCACCCACGCACAGUUUUCCACGCAGACUGCUGGGUGGGGUUUGAGUGGGCUGUACAGUUUUCAGGAGGACAUUUUCGAGCGCUGUUUCGAGAUGCCAUUUUCUGGGAGUACAGGUGCUGGAAGGACAGCGUUCAGGGCAAGCAGAGCGCAGAGAGGUUCCAAGGAAGAGGACCUAAUUCCAUAAAAAAGAAAUAUUUUGACUGAGGAUAGCUCUGCAAGAAAUUUUUUGCUGGAGGACGAUUCUCACUGGGUCUUCAAAAAGCGUGACUUCAGCUAUGUUUGCAUGCAUCCGAUAAAGUCAAGUCGAAUCGGCUUGUCGCGCUGAAAUACGGCCGUCUAUUUCAUGUAAACGCUAGCGGGUCGUACGAAAUGAGCGUCGAAGCGAGUUCUGUCAAGCCUGCAACACGCAUGGCAAGAUAAACGUAUACGUGGUUGGGUCGGGGCUGGGUCAGCGCCGAGUUCUAGUAAACCAAACUUCUGAAGUCCGUGCGCUUUGUGUGGCGACAAUAUCGGCGACGUCAGCGGAGCCGCUUAGUCAUCUGUUGCGCAGUUGUACUAUAUUCCGCGUGUUUUAUCUUGUCGAAUGUAGUUUUAAGAAAGUUGAGAAAGGUAGCUUGUUAUUGAUGACACAGUUUAUGGAAUUGUGCCGCGAGGUUGUGCUGUGUUGUUUUAUUGCCGUUUGUUUGCCGGCGUCUGUAGUCAGUCGCGAAGCCGUGCCCGAUAUUGCAAGUCUGGUUUGGGGCCUUUUAAGUCAUGUGUAGCCGCGAUGUAUGCAAUCGUUCGUAAUAUCCAUGUGUUCGUGUUAAACGUCCAUACUGCUUAAUUUUGGGCUAAACAAGAGAGAGAGAGAGAGAAAAAGAAAAAAAACUAAUCCGUAUAUGCUAGAAGGCAGCUCUUUUUUCGUAUUUAAUACAUUCUGACUUUAGAAAUACUAAAUUUAGUGUCACAAAUUCUAUGCUUUCUGUUUGUGCCAUAAUUUUUUUAAUGUUACUCUACACGUGCUCGUCAUGUCGCGUGGCGUCGGUAUUUGAUUUCGUAACCAUUGCCAGUGCCAUACGAUCCCCAGGAGCAGGAGUACAGCGCUGUCAGCGUGGUCAAUGUUGGCGCAAUAUUGGGCUAACGUUUGCACAGUGGUGGGCACAUAUUGGCCCCGAUUGAAGCCCUCCUAGGAAUGGCUCCCACCUAUAUCACAUUCGUGUACUUAGGGCGUUUAUUUAUUUGACUACACAUUGAGAAGUCGUUUGGUGUCGGUUAAGCGUCGCACGCCGCAUUUGUUUGAACGUCUUGCGCCAGUGACCGUUUCAUACUCCGGUCUGCUCCUUGAUGCGGACACGUGAAGGAAUAGGGAAGCUCGCCGAGAUAUUGCAACUCUAAGGAGGAUGUGUUCAGCUUAGGCUAAUGCGAUAGCAAAUACCUGGAGCAGUUAGACCACUCAUUUAGCAAUGUUCUGGGUUUACGCACACAAGUAGUAAACGUGCUAAUGAAUCGGAAUACGCACUUGUGUCAACAGAAGCGGUGUGUUUUCCUCCCCCACACAGAACGAACCACCGCACUGCAAGAGCUUUGUCCGCAUAUACCGUAUCAUCGAAUCUCGACACUAGCGUCAGGUGUGUUGUCUUCGCACAACCGACGAGGUAUUUCCGAAUUGUUUGGGUAAUGUCUUCACAAAUUUACCCGCCGUGGUCGCUUAGUGGCGAUGCGCUGCUGAGCGAGAGGUCGCGGUGGCCUUGUUCCGAUGGGGGCGAAUCGAAUGCAACCACACGUUCGUGUGCCGUGCACUGUGCACAUGUUAAAGGACCACAGGUAACCAAAAUUAAUUCGGAGCCCUCCAACACAAGCCUUCCUCAUAAUCCAAUUCACUCGUUUACAUUGUUUAAGCGUAUCGUGUCAAAUGCAUUGGUCGCCCCGUAGUUCUUCCUACAUGAUGUCUUUUCACUUGACUCGCGGCCGCGGUGUCUAGAAUGUUUCGGUCACAUGGCGCUGCGAUCGACGUUUAGCUCUGCUACACGACGUCGUGAAAAAGGUAACAGAAACGCCUGCAACGCCACAUUUCUUUUCCUUUUUUUUUUUUUUUAGGAUCCUGCGUGUCAUCACGACGAGACAAGUGAAUGGUCUUGUCACCCGCACAAUUCUUAACAUAAAAUUUACGUAUGUUUUAGGUUGGUGGCGAUUGAAUGAUACAACUUAAUUAGCUACAAGUUUUACGUCGGGAUAACCUUAAUGCUUGGCGACAUUGUUGACGACACAGUUUGACAUUACUGCAUCUAGCCGCAUAGCGUAAUGACGUUGCUGUCGUAUAAGUAUAGUCAGUUGUUAGUUUAUCGUACAAGGCGAGCAUGUCAAGGAUGGCGUAUUAGUAUACCUCAAUAUUUCCCCUUGUCACAUCGCAGCCGAGCUUAUACUCCCGUGUUCAGAAGUGUUCAUUUAUUCUUUCAUCAUUUUUAUAUUUAUCUCGGAACUCGUAUCUUGUAAAUGUAUUUUGUCUACUUAAUACCUACUUAAGAGUUUGCCGCUCUUAUUUGCGGUGCAUAUAUUUUAGAUCCCUGCUUAUUUAUCUUUAAUUAUUAUACGCGUGCGUAUGUACGUGAACGUUUGUGUGUGCGUGUGUGUGGACCUAUUGUAGUCUGUCAUUGGUGUGAGCUGUCACAUUGGCGACCUCAUCAGAGAGUUAUAUCGUGCUGUCAAACUAUCGUCGUGAACCCCAAUUAGCCGAAGGACUCUUAGCCCACAAACUGUUUCUUUAAUGUACUCAUUGGUUUUCUCGUACAGUCGUUGUUCAGGGACCAAGUCCAUCAUGGAAGAGUAUAUCAUCUAGCGUAUAGGGUGGUUCUUGGUUCGCAAAACUCGGCAACAAUCGUGAAGUGUUGAGAGAACGUUGUAAUUGGAUGUUAUUGAAACGAAGGCUUAAUGAGAGACAGUGUAGAAGGGGUUCGAACGCGCUACCUCUUCGUGCUUCGCUCCGCUCUUCAUCCCACGCGCUUUGUUGGCGGCACGAGAGAUGUCUCGUUAAGCCUACUUCUGCCGGUCGAAGCUUGGCUUAAUUGCGCAUGGUUAUACUUGAGACGCAUGAAUGGAGAGUUCAGUUCCGUCUGAGCGCAUGCAGCAAGGAGUCGUAACGAAAACCCCUUACGGGUUCGUGGGAUAGAAAGCUUCGUCGUUCGGAAAGGAAUCGUCCUCGGAGAUUCGAACGCAGGACCGCCGCCUGACCACGGCAGUCGCCAUACCAGCUAAGCUAACCAGUGGUCUAGCGGCUUGCAGCUCGAGGACUAAUACGUGAAUGAUUGCUAGCCUCCCAGUCAGCUCAGCUGGUAGCUCGCGACUGUCCUGGUCAUGUGGUGGUCCUGGGUUCGAUCACUGGACCGGGUCGAGUCGUUCAGCUACGAAGCUUUCUUUGCGAGAAAGCAUAUGAACCCCUCUCGCGAAUAUACAUUGACGUCGCACGUUUUCACAUGACUCUAGGUGUUUGUAUCUUCGUUUCUUCAACACUAAUGAUACUUACGAGUAUGCCUCCGUUACGUUUCAUCUUCUGUUAGUCAUCACGUUGUUGAUUGGAGCUUUGAGUUUGCUUGAACAAUCAAAAAAAAAAAAAGUCGCACGCACUGCAGCUUUUGCCGUACUCACCUCACCGAUGACUUGCACUCUGAAGCGUGUUCGAAGCACGCACAAUACUGGCAGUACCACCGCAAAGUAAAAUCAUUCUCGUUACCAGCGGCGCGCCGCGGUAUGAACGCAGAAUUGGUGCAGCACAUCGAUGGUUACGCCGGCUAACAUCGACUUUACGAAACUCCCUUUGCAUUAUCAUGCUAACUUCGCUCUUAUUUUUAUCUUGUUGUUGCGUGGUAUGUUGCGUUUCCAUUUAUAUUAUACCGAAGCGCGCUAACCCGACGAAGGCUAUACACGAAUAAAAUUCGUCCAUGUGAAAACGUUUUUAAGUCGUAUAUUUAUCGUUCGCCCGUUGUAUUUUGCUCUGACAUAUGAAAUCUGAAGGUCAUCUGUAUGUCAUACUAAGUGGGAACGGGUAACUUAGUAGGGUCCAGCUUCCACUUGAUGCGGAUACUUAGAUACACAUCUUUUAUAUCGCUGUCUGCAUGAUGUGCUAUAUUUGCGCAUUAGAUGUAUAGAGAGGUGCCGGCAGUCUUUUUUAAAUUGUCACUAAAUUGAGAUAUUGCGCUAGAGCGCUGGGUAACGCUUCUUAAAUUGCAAAUGCUCAGCGUUAAAUAAAGUGAAAAAUUCGUACGCCCUAAGUGACGUAAAUCGAAAGCGGAGUGCCGACUUUUCCGUGACAUAAUUUAGAAAUCGUAUGCGUGAAGGUUGAUGUUUCCCGUGUACUUAUAUUUAGGUGCACGUUAAAGAACCUCAGGUGGUCAAAAUUUCCGGAGUCCUCCACUACGGCGUGCCUCAUAAUCAGAAAGUGGUUUUGGCACUUAAAACCCCAUAACAUAAGGUUGGUGUUUCUUAGUAAUGCAAUGACCACAUUGUAUUCUAGAGUAUCUCGGAAAACGCAGCCUAUAAAAUAUUAAUGAAUAAAGCGCAUUUUCUCUUGUUCUUUCUACCUAUAAAAAAGGGAGAGGUUAUAUGGAUAAAUGGUAUUUCACUUGAAUGCAUCUACAACGUUCCCUCUCAGUAUGACACGCGCUGUAUUUGCCAAAGGGGCUAAGGUUUUCACAUCCGCAAACGCACCACAUGGGACUGGCACAAUUUUUUGCAUAUCCUUCCUCUUUUGUUAUUACAGCUGUCUCGGAUGCGGCUAAGUGGUACAUCGAGCUUACGUUUAAGCACUUAUUGUUCGCGCCAUCAAAGUAAUGCUGUGCUGCAGACUUUACAGACUUGUGCUUGUCGAAUGUACGAGUCUCUUAGUGUCAUUUGUUGCCCAACUUCAUACUUUCGCGUGAUCACUUGCAGAGGGAUGACAGCGACGCACUAUGAAGUUGAAUGCAAGCGAACCUUACGGUUACUGCUUCUUUCAGGAACUUCCUUUGUAUAAGGUUAUCACAAUUACUAAACGCUUUUAGCGCGGCCAUCUUGUAAUCACUCCGUGAUCGCAUCAGUGUCCUGUUUUAGCUAAUCUCUGAAAUACCUAGCCUUAGAUCGUCCGACGCGGGCUUUACCGUGUGCGCGUAUUUUUUGCCUGUUGUGUGCGCAAAGCGAUGCUGGUUUGCCGGAGCACUGCGUCGGGCCCAUCACUCUUUGAGCUAUACAUACUGUGUGAUGCGUAAGUCGCGACGUCUCACUUAGACCGUCGUGGCCUGUGUUCUCGUCGUAAUUUGUGUGCUUUGUCGUCGCACGAAAAUUGUGCUGAGUUAUGGAAGGCAACGAGGUGUGCCAAGUGUUCAUCACAAUGCGGAGAAAAAAGAACAGAAAAAGAAGAGACGCCUUGUUCGGCAGGUUAUACGGCGUCUUCAUCAGUCAAAAAGACUGUCGACUCUGUUCAUCUGAUGCCGCGCGUUUUCCAGUAUCGUCUGCUGUGCGGUUGCCGACAGCAGACGACUCAGGCGUGGCUCUGCCGUGCACAGGGAACGGAUUGGCAGUGCGAUGUUACACGCACCUGUCUUCAAGUUAGCUGAAGCGAGCCCUUGCUUCCUUCCAUAAAUCCGCACGAAUUUAGUGAGACCCAUUGUAUAGUUUAUCCUUUCUUUUUCUUUCUCGUUUUUUAAUCCUAUCCUAUCAACAAAUUGGCACCGUGUUGCGAGCCACUUCUCCGGUGAAUGCAUGCCUCGUGUAGUACUUGUUUGUACGAAGUGGCCCAACAUUCUAAUAUACAAGGACGAAUGCAUCACCGGUGUUACCCAACGACGCGCGCGCGUGCGUGUCGCCUUUACGUUGCGUAUGGAAUGUCUUUUUGCCAGUGCACUCGUCUUCCACAGGAAGUGCAUGAUUGAGUAGCACGUGAAGCUUUUGCAAGAGUAAAAUCGAGACUCUGUGAGGUGUCCCCAGUGGAAUGACCGGAAAUUCCGUUUACCGUGAUGGAUUCGUAGAUGUCCGGUAGCCUAAUCCACUGCUUGAGGUUGAAGUUAGCCUAGGUGCUCACUGUAAUAACCUCAUGUGCUUUAAAUAAAAUGUGCAAACGAGCUUUUUUCCUUCCAUUUAAUAGCCGAGUUGCCGUUUGUGUAUCUCCUUCAUAUUACAAAGCUUUUGUUUUGUUGCCCGACUUUGUAAUUGUUCGAGCCUGUGCAUAUCGUAGCCUGCUUAGAACGCCUGUUUGUUAGUGUGUCUACGCGCGUGCUUGCGUAUGGCGGGCACUUCUUUGAGCAUGUGACUAUAUUACUCGUUUUCGGUGUGUUGUGUAUUGAAGCUUGACGAAGCAUCUAACACUUAGCUUACAGAUUCGAUGGAACCGCAGUAUCAACAUUGAGUAAAUGUUAAAUUGUAUCACGCUGUCUAUGCUGCGCCCAGUGUUGAAUUUGCGUGAAACACACAGUACUGGCAAUCGGUUGCGUAGCUUUGGUGAGCCUAGAACGCGCUGUUGAAAAGAUGUUGGUGACGAAAUCACCCGCAAGCCAGAAUGCACCGACAUCAUCGUGAAGUGCCUACGGGUCAUUCAUAUUUAAAACAGCGCCAAAAAAAAAAAAAAAGAAAGACACGGACAAGGGAGGACACAGGACGAGCGCUGACUGCCAACAACACCUUUAUUGGAGCCUGCGCAAAUAUAUGCAAUUUGCAACGGGCAUAAAGAGAGUGAAAGAAGAAGGGGAAGGCGAGUCAUCGUCGGUCAACUCCUGCUGCGCAUGCGUCAAUAACAUUAAACAAUAUAAAAGUAACCAUAACAUGGUGGACACAGGCCAAACUGAUUAACUUCUAAGGAACUAAAGUUCUUUAUCACAAAGUGCUAUGGAAGGGUAACUAACACAGGUGGCUCCUAACUGACACAUUGAAAAUGCCUCAGAGAUUUCUCUGGCCUUCUGAUUGCUGUACCUUUUCAACACACGUGUGUCGUCAAGGAGUGGCGAACAGCCACACUUUGCACAAUGAACAGCCAGAUUACUGCCAGUCUUAAUCUUGACACAGUGCGCAUGCUCACGCAAACGUUCAGGAGUUGCAGGAGUUGACCGACGAUGACUCGCCUUCCCCUUCUUCUUUCACUCUCUUUAUGCUCGUUGCAAAUUCUAUAUAUUUGCGCAGGCAAAUAUAUAGAAUUUGCAAUAUUUGAAUUUGAAUAUAUAGAAAUAAAGUUGUUGUUGGCAGUCAGCGCUCGUCCUGUGUCCUCCCUUGUUUGUGCUUUUUUUGGCGUUGUUUUAAAUAUGAAUGAUACGUACCAACUAGCUCGCACCCAAACCCUUCUGUGCCUACGGCUACUCGGACUGGUUGAUUGGUCAGGACUACAAGUAUACGAGAAACAACGUACUGUAUUAGCGAUAACAAACAUGAAAAAUCACGAUUAUGCUUUUGCAGCGUCAUUUUAGACCCACUGCAAAUCGAGGCGUUGAAUAAACUGGGAAAACGCAAUAAAGGCGUUAGAAAAGCUACUAAUACAACUUCCUAAGCCAAGCAUCAAGGCGCUUCUUCAAAUGUGCGGUUUGAGCGCUCAGGGACCGUGAAUCUCUUUCAGUUCUUGCACGCGCCACCUAGUUUGUUUAUGUUGGUUUGCUCUUUAUUUUUUAUUUGUUGUUUUAUUUUGUGUGCGUAUUUUCAAAAAUCGUUUCUUAUUGUUGUGAUCUCCCGUUUCCAGUAACCGUCUGCUGUCUCUAACCUCAGCAUGGUACGUGUGAUGUCCUCGUUUCCUUAUGCAACAUGUGACGAACUCUUGUGUCGCGCGCUAUGGCAGGUAUUUCAUUUCUAUGUUGGGAAAAUGCACACGACACUGAUGCAUCACGUGGGGGCAUUUGUUAAGUGCGAAACAGGAGUUUAACAUUGAGCGCAUGCAUAUCUAACUUAGUGUAGCCUCACUCCAGUUUUAUGCUGUGCGUGGUACCGUUUGUACGCUGUAACCGUGACUGCGGUAAUUAGGCUAGCGUUAACUUAUGCUCGGUACAUAUCCUGAAUAUAAGUAGUGUGUACAUGUAACAUUGUUAUAGUUUUUUUUAUGGUCUGCUUCAGUAGCGACUGUAGUGCUGUAGAUGGCGUCCUAAUAGUUUUUUUUAUUCACACCUUACUGAAAUUCUCAAAAUGUGUGCUGAAUGAACCUCGUAACUUACCUGUUUUGGAUGUGUGUUUGGGAAAGGCGAAAUAAUAUAGCACGAAAAUAAAUCUACUGUAUUUGAAGAUUCUAUAUAAGCGUCCGUAGAGGUUGUGCUUGAUCGCGACUCUUAGAUAUCAACAACGGUUCGAGAGUUUCCUGAUCGUACGUGCACAAACGAGGUGCUGUCGAAAGGGCUAACUUUCGGACGAGGGGAAUACCGAACUUCGAAAGUGCAUGUAUGUAUCUGCUCCCUGUCCCACGUGACAAACAUACGUUUGUUGGCAUCAUUUCGGACAACCAGGUAGUAUACUGUUGUCAGUCUGCCUUAAUCUCGAAAGAUGCGUUGUUUGCCAAACUGUGUACGUUUCGAGUAGCGUUGAAGAGCGAAAAUCAUGAGUGUCGAUUUGUACCAUUAUAGCUCGUACAGCAAUACCUGUCCGUAUUAAGACUUAGCGAUCAUGUCUAGUUUAUUUGUGGUGAUCCAUGUUGUCAGACCAACAAUCUGUUACCGUGUGCAGUCCACUUUAGGUUGGAAAUUGUAGAAACAUGUGGUCUUUAGCCUUCCUUGGUGUACUGAAGAAACUACGCCUAACUGUGGCACACAAGGUGUUUUGGCGGAGAGUAACUUGUAUCUGACUGUUUUCAAAUCUGCGCUGUUAUCGUGGACAUGCGCUAAUUUGUACUAAUAAAACGAAUCCUGAGCCGA